AUGGCUGCCAUCAGAACAAUUACCCCAAUGACAGCAGCAGCCCGACUUCGGGGGUAUCUUGCAGACCCAUCCAAGACAUUGAUGUGUCCAGGCGUCUAUGAUGGGUUGUCAGCAAGAAUGGCGUUGCGAGAAGGUUUCGACUGUUUAUACAUGACGGGAUCCGGAGCUGUCAUGGUCGGUCGCACCGUGGCCCAGUAUAUGCAAGCUGGCGUUGCAGCCCUGCAUCUCGAGGACCAGGUGCAGAACAAAAGAUGUGGCCACCUACGGAACAAAGAGCUGGUCUCGGAAGAAAUCUACCUGUCACGGAUCCGAGCGGCCGUGAACAUGCGUGAGAAAUUACUGGGAGACAUUGUGAUCAUCGCCCGCACCGAUGCGCUGCAGUCCCUCGGGUUUGAAGCAUGCAUUGAGAGGCUACAGAAAGCGGUGGGUGUCGGAGCAGACGUGGUCUUUCUCGAAGGCGUCGAGACCAAAGAGCAAGCCGCCGAACUGUGCCGGCGGCUUCAUCCCACGCCGGCAUUGUACAAUGCGGUAUCAGGAGGAGUCUCGCCCAACAUCUCCGUGGCCGAGGCACGAGAGCUGGGAUUCAAGAUAGUCAUUUUUCCGUCCGUGUCUACACGGCAGGUUGUCGAGGGCCUAUCGCAGGUCUUGAGAGAUCUGAAGGAGAAUGGUGCUCUUCCCAAGACGUCGACGACACCCAAAAACGUAUUUGAACUGUGCGGCUUGCAGGAAGCGAUCGACUUUGAUACGGCGGCCGGAGGCAGUAUGUAUACGAAUGGUGUAUAG